CACUCAGUCACUCUCUGGAAGCGCGUGUGAUAAGAAAACUCAAGGACCCACAAAAGUCGAGAUGACCUCAGCUAGGAAGUACGUCGUGAAGAACCACUUUAAAGGUGUACCAAAACAAGAGGACUACGAAUUAGUCGAAUUUGUUAUACCGCCUCUGAUCGACGGCGAGGUCCUCGUUAAAGCCGAAUGGAUCAGCGUCGACCCGUAUUUAAGGGCUUACAACUCUUACCAAGCUGUACCCUACGACCAGUUCAGUUAUCAAGUCGGUGUUGUUGUCCAAUCAAGGGAUAGCAACUAUCCGGUAGGAACGAGAGUUGUUGCGCACAAAGGAUGGUGCGACCACUACGUCUUCACUCCUAGUACGCAACCUAACACUCCAAAGGAUCGUAUUUAUAAACUACCAGAUCUGCAGGGAUUGUCGCCGUCGCUGGGCGUAGGGGCGGUUGGGAUGCCGGGCGCGACUGCCUAUUUUGGUUUCUUAGAAAUCUGCAAGCCAAAAGCUGGCGAGACCGUGGUGGUCACCGGAGCGGCCGGUGCUGUGGGAUCACUUGUCGGUCAAAUAGCUAAGAUCAAGGGCUGCAGAGUCAUCGGCUUCGCUGGCACGGAUGAUAAAGUGAAAUGGCUGGAGGAAGAGCUCGGCUUCGACAAGGCGUUUAAUUAUAAAACAGUAGAUGUACCGGCAGCACUCAAGGAAGCUGCCCCUAACGGGAUAGACUGUUAUUUCGACAAUGUCGGCGGUGAAAUCAGCAGUCAGAUAAUUAGCAAAAUGAACGUUUACGGGAGGGUCUCCGUCUGUGGCAGCAUAAGCGCGUACAAUGAGGAUCUAACUAAAUUACCCAAAGCGACUAUUCUGCAACCUAGUUUAGUAUUCAACCAAAUCAAAGUCGAAGGUUUUCUAGUUUGGCGCUGGAAUGAUCAGUCUAAGGCGUUUGCGGAAAUCAUUCCUUGGAUUCAGAGUGGGAAAUUGAAAGUAAAGGAACAUGUCACGGAAGGAUUCGAUAAACUCUUUGAUGCCUUUAUAGGAAUGCUUGCCGGGGAGAAUUACGGAAAGGCCGUAGUCAAAGUGUAACAUAAGACUUAUUAUUAUGAUUUUGCACUGAUUAUAAAAUUCUGAACAAUACAGUGUUAAAA